AUGCCUUUUACAAUCCCUGCUGAGAACCACGAGCUAGUGCUCAAACACAGAGUCAGAUACCAGUACAUCAGGAACUGGCGAAAAUGUCACCGAACCGGCGGAGAGAUCUACGGAGCAUAUCGAGAGCUGAUCUACACGGAUGAUCUGGUGUUGUCUGUGGUGCUGUCUUUCAUAGCGCCCUUCACCACAGACUGCAUGGGAGAGCCGAGAGAUGGAAUACCGGGACCCAAAGAGACAGACAAACCGACGCAGAAGUGGACAUGGGCAUCUUGGCACUAG